AACAGAGCUAACAAUUUUGACAGCCGUAAAGACGCACGUGUGAAAAUAGUUUUUUAACAAGAUUUAUCCUGAUCCUCUUCGUAAAUAAUACAAAGUUUCACAUACAAAAAUCAUGUCUUUAAUGAGAAUAAGAAAACCAAAAACUCGCAAGGGUAAAAAGAUUCUUUUGGCAAGAGAGCCCCAAAUAAUUGAGGCUACUCGCAACAUGCUCUUUGUUGAUGGACGAAAAUGUACUGGCGAUGUUAAAUUAGCAAUGAAGGAUUUACAUCAACUUAAGAAGCCCUUGGUUAAGGUUCUGAAUCGAAACAAUGACAUUACUCCUUUUGAAGAUCCUUCUUCCUUGGAAUUUUUAACAAUGAAAAACGAUUGUGCACUUUUUGUGUUCGGAUCAACAUCAAAGAAACGUCCAAACAACUUGAUACUAGGUCGUAUCUUCGAAAACGAAGUCCUUGAUAUGAUCGAAUUGGGUAUCAAACAGUACAUGUCUAUGUCUGAGUUCAAAAACGAUAAAAUUGGAACGUGCGUUAAACCAUGCUUGGUAUUUAAUGGUCCAAAAUGGAAUCAAACAGACGAGUUACGGCGACUAAGGAGUCUGCUGACUGAUACUUUCCAAAAAGAUAAAGUAGAAGCAAUUCGCUUGCAAGGCAUUGAGCAUGUUAUGAGUUUCACAUGCACAGAAGAUCUUACAAUACUUUUGAGGUCCUAUAAGAUCUUGCUAAAGAAAUCUGGACAAAAAACACCACGCAUUGAACUGACUGAAAUUGGACCAUCGGCUGAUUUUUCUAUUCGUCGUACCAGAAUUGCCUCCGAGGACUUAUACAAACAGGCCAGGAAACAGCCAAAACAACUUAAGGUUACAAAGAAGAAGAAUAUCGCAACAGAUGGUUUGGGUAAUACCCGAGGACGAGUGCAUCUUGGUCGUCAAAACGUAACCAAGAUUCAAACACGAAGAGUGAAGGGUCUCAAGAAGACUGCCGAAGAGAGAAAAGCUGACCGGCUGAAGAAAAAGGUUGCUGCAAAAGCUAAAGCCACACAAUCCGCGGAAGAAUAAUAGAAAUAGUUAAGAUAAGGUAACAGGAGAUGAGAUGAUUAAUGUAGAAUAAAAUUUUUAUACAGUUGAGUAUAAAUUUA